AUGAUGGUAAAAUGCGCCGACGUUGGUCGUUGCGUUGCCCUUUCGGAUUUGACUCUACUUUCGGUUCUUUUAGAGUUCGGGUAUGCCCCACGUUGUGGUACUGUUUGUCGGCGGGUUUGUCACGUCCCGGAGAAGGCUACGAAUUUGAAAAUGAGAAACGAAGUUGAAGAUCAAUGCAUGUCUGAGUGGCUGGAGUUAGAUGAAUGUACAGAGGAUACCUCGGAGUAA